UUUUGCAGGUACCACACCUUUGCCGUGUCAUGCUAUGUUCAUGAGUAUGAUGAAACAGAAAGGAAAUGGUAGGAAGUUUGGUUUGCUGUGAUCGGUUCCAUGAGAUUUUGUUACAGGCCCCGCCCAGGGAGCAAGCGUAUGUGACAUUUUCAUUGUAUUAGAUUGUGUUGAUCCUACUAUUGCUAGCAAUUUAAGGCAUCCCAUGAUUCACCAUUUUGCAGGGAUAGGUUUUUUUCGGACUUACCCUUAAGUUUUCUUCAAUGCAAUGAUUAAAUAAACUUGUUCUUUGUCUAAUUUCAGUAUUUCUUCCAUAUUAAAUUUAGCUGCCUUACUCACUUGUUCAGGUCAUUUUUGCUGAUUUUAUGGUAAUCUGUGAUCGGUUCCAUGAGAUAUAGAAAGUGAUGCAGGUCACCUUUGAUUUGGAAGCAUAAUCCGGUCUGCAUCCCAGCUCUUUCUCAUUCUCGUAUUGAGUUUCAUUCUAGUAGAUGGAAAGUGUUACCAUUUUUUCAAAUUGUUUAGGUCGAGUGCCCGUAAUUUCCAAUGCAAAUUGUUUUUAAUUCAAGUCAGAUCCCAGUAAUUUCCAAUGUUCUUAGGUCGAAUUCUUGUUGGUUUAGUUACUAGCCAUGAUGGUAACGUCAGAUUCUAUGCAUUUGAAGAUGUUAGUUUUAUUAUGGUGUGGGUAGGAAUAGAACCAUCAACCUCAACUCUCGCACUCCAUCCUCAAACCACCAAGCCAAGUUUAUAUCUCUAUAUAUAAUGAUAUGGUUUAGUUUUGUCUUAGCAUUUAGGAGCUUUAAUCUACAUUCUAAUAUACAUAAUUUAUGGAGAUAUAUUAUUAUAUUUCUAUAUUGGCGGAGCUGUAGAGGUAGUAACUGCACAAACUCUCGGUACUUAAAUGAGUUAUUGAUAAUUUCAUACUGGACCAUAUGAAUUUGUUGAGGAACUUUACAGUUACUGAAUAUGAUUCCAUUUUGUAUGACUUCCAAAAUCAUAUUUUCUGAUUUGUACAAAUUUGCUUUAGUGGUUUUUCUUCAAUGAAGUUACAGCAUGGCUACAGUUCAUUUAAAAUUAGCCAUCUUCUUCUUGUGUCGUCUAUAAGAAAAAUUGCACGGUUGACUUAAUAUAUCCUUGUUAUGGUUUUAUGUACAAUCUUUCUCAAUUAUUAUUAUUUGAUUGUGCAAUUGUGAAGUUGUUAUGAUCUGUUUGUGAUUAGUAUGCUCUUUUAUUUACCAAAAUUAUUUUGAAUUCAUAACUAACUUGAUCGUCGGAGUUUUUGCAGGUACUACACCUUUGGUGUGUCAUGCUAUGCUCAUGAGAAUGAUGAAAGAGAAAGGAAAUGCAACAUCUUAAAAGCAUGGUAGGAAGUUUACCUUUGAUUUGAGCUGCUGGCCAUGCUUAACAGUCCGGUCUUCAACCGAGCUGAGUGAAUGAGAUUCAUUUUGGUGGUUGGAGAUGUUGGGUUCAGGGACAAUUUUAGUGACAACUGUUAUUGGAUUUGGCAUGAGUGCCACUUUCAUUGUUUUUGUUUGUACAAGAAUCAUUUGUGGAAGACUUAGAGGUGGUGUUGAAUCUAGGAUGAUGUAUCAGAUUGAAUCAAGAUAUGAUAUAGAACAGCCAGAACAUCAUGUUAAUGACCCUGAUCCUGAACCAGUUCUGCUUGAAGCAAUCCCCACUUUGAAGUUCAAUCAAGAGGCUUUCAGUUCCAUUGAAGAUACACAGUGUGUAAUAUGUUUGGCGGACUACAAAGAAAGAGAAAUAUCACGAAUCAUGCCGAAAUGCGGCCACACUUUUCAUCUUUGUUGAGAUGCGGUUAGAACUGUUUUGUCUCAUUAACAACACCCAAGAAGCCAUCGAUGCUAAAAGAACGAGGAAAAUCGCAAUCUUGAUGUCAUUUAGAUAGUAACUAACAACUUUUUAUUCUUUUCAAAUUGAUUUUAAUGUUAUUUUGAAUCUAUGCUUGUGUCAUGAUGAGUAGGAUGAAACUCCUUCUUCAGGUAAUGUAUCUGUAUUUUUGCACUUACUGUGUGAUCUAACAAUCAAAUUAUUUGUCCCACUCAUUUCUUACAUACGAUAAUCAGGUUGCAGUUUAGGUCCUAUACAAUGCAUUCAUACAAAGUAACUUGAAAUAGAAAGAUAUUUAGUAUGUUGUUCUUUUUCCUUUUUCACAGACUUCCCAUAAAGGUUAGUGUCACUCUUUUAUGCUUAUAAUUCCAUCAUGUCUUGCUAAUUUCUUUACUCUAAAAUGUUACUCUUAGUGUCUGUUCAUGUCACAAGUCUUACUAUAU